GGGAGGGGAGCCGUCUGCCUUCCGCUUCUGGGGCUGGAUUGACACACAAUGAGGAGCAGAGAGGCCGGGGAGACGCUCCACAAACGCCGCUGUAAAUAAUUACAACAAUCACAGAGGCCGGAGAAACAUGGAGAACCAGUGCACGGUCCAGGUGAAGCUGGAGUUGGGCCACAGGGCUCAGCUCAAGAAGAAAGUGACGUCAGAAGGCUUCACCCAUGACUGGAUGGUUUUUGUCAGAGGCCCGGAGACUGGGGACAUCCAGCACUUUGUCGAGAGGGUUGUCUUUCGCCUGCAUGAUAGCUUCCCCAAACCCAAGAGAGUAUGCAAGGAUCCUCCGUACAAAGUGGAGGAAUCGGGCUACGCAGGCUUCAUCAUGCCUAUCGAGGUUUACUUCAAGAACAAGGAGGAGCCAAAAAGAGUUAUCUUCAACUAUGACCUGUUCCUUAACUUGGAGGGCAACCCACCUGUUAACCACCUGCGCUGUGAGAAGCUCACCUUCAACAAUCCCACCAAAGAAUUCAGGAAAAAGCUCAUCAAGGCUGGAGGGAUACUGGUGGUCCCUGAGGGGGCUGAAGCUGUGUCGAGGCCCAGUCCGGACUACCCAAUGCUUCCCACCAUCCCCCUCUCAGCCUUCUCAGACCCCAAAAAGACAAAGACCUCUCAUGUAUCAAAGGAACCCAGCAAAGAAGGAAGUGGUGGCAGCAGCAAAGGACCCAAACCACACAAAUUGACCAAGGAGCACCGUGAACGGUCGAGAAAAGACUCUGAGAGCAAAGGCUUGUCCAAAGGGGACGACCGAGAUGGAAGCAGCAAAAGCGGUCGUGAUCCUUCCUCAUCCUCCUCUUCGAAAAAGCCGUCAGAGAUCAAAGUGAAGGACGAAGUAAAAGUUCAGCCGAAGGUGGCCUUCAAAGAGCCCAAACUCACCCUGAAGGAGUCGAAGAUGGACGGCAUGUCCCCUAAAGGAGGGGGGGUGGGUAGUGGAGGGGGAGGCGGAGGUGGAGGGGGAGUGGUGGAGGCCAAAGCUCCAGGGAAACGACCCUCCACUGUGGAGUCUCCCAAACCCAGCGCCAAGAAGCAAAAGAAGGGCAGCUCCGAUGCACUGAAGGGACCACCCAGUGGGGCUUUCACUGGAACUUCUCCUCGCGUCUCUUCGUCCUCUGUGGUCAGCCAGUCCUACAGUGAGAAGAAACCUUCCAAGGAAAAAGGUCGCUGGGCCAAAAGUAAAAAUGACACCCAGGAGUUGAAGGAGCUGAAGAAGCUUCCAGAGUCGGAGGAGUCAAAUUCAGAGGACGAAGCAUCAUCAAAGUCAGAGCAAUCGGCUCCUUCUAGUGCUUCCAACUCUACUUCCAGUUCUGACUCCAGCUCAGAUUCAGACUUUGAGCCUGGACAAAAACAAGGGCAAGGUCCCCUGAGAUCAAUGGUGGAAGAGAUCCAGUCAGAAGAGUCGGAUGAUGACGACAGCAGCUCAGAAGAAGAGACGCCCAUCAAAACCAACCCCCCCAACCGCGACUCUCGACUGAGCCUGGACAGCGAGAGUGACAGCAGCGAUGGCUCGCACCGCCCCAGUCGAGACCCGGCCCCACCCCCACAAAAACACAGCUCGUCCAACAACAAAGUGGUCCGAAAAAGCCCAGAUUCCUCUUUUCGCUCGGAGAAGGUGAUGAAGAAGGGAUACGACAAGGUAGGAAGGGCCUACACAGAGGAACUGGUGGACCUCCACCGCAGACUGAUGGCGUUAAGGGAGCGUAAUGUAUUGCAGCAGAUUGUCAACCUGAUCGAGGAGACCGGCCACUUCAACGUGACAAACACCACCUUUGACUUUGACCUCUUUUCAUUGGACGAGUCCACCGUCCGCAAACUACAGAGCUACCUGGAGGCGACAGCCACGUGACAGGAAGCAGGGGGGGCCAGCGUGUGGAUGUCAGCGGCAGAGGACCAACGUAAACCAAGACUGAAGGACCACAGCCUGAGGCGAAACAACCAUGCAGGAACAAAACGACAUCAGGAGACGGGCUUAAGAGGCGGAGGGCGACGCUGGCUGUCUGAAGGUCGCACCUCUAUUUGAGAGGC